CAGAUUUUUGCGCGGCGCAAAGUCUUUAGUAGCCGCAAAGUCGUCGCACGCUAUCAUCAUUGGUUCAAGCCUUAGCUGCAGCCUCCACGCCAUCGCUGCGACGGGCUGACGAAAGAGGAGCAACGCGCUCACAGACCAGAUCUCCAGAGAGAGCAUCUCUGCCUGCCUGAAAAAAAGCACACGCAUGCGAGAACGCAUCAAGAAGCCCUGCGAGGAAAUAGCAAUCAAUAUGGGCGCAUCACUCAAACCGAGCAAAGGCCCGCUCUCGCCGAAGCAGAAGCUGGUCGGGCGCGUGGCGCUCGGUCUCAUAGCCUGCUACCUCGUCACCGCGGCGACGGCGGCGUCGAGCCCGCGUGGCAAUAGGUUGGUCUACCAAGAAGGCGAUAUGCGAUCAUUUGCUCGGUCAAGCCGAGGCGCGCCGGCCAUGGCCGCCGCGCCAGAAAUGAUGAUGAUGGCGGAAGACGCGGCCAUGGACGAGCCUCAGAUGAUGCGUACUAGUAUGAAGUCCGCGCGCUACUCGCGCGGCGCGCCCGGGAGUUCGUUGGGCGGCGAGAUACUGGAUGUGGAGACAAAGCCCUUCGACGCGUCCUCCGUGAAGACGAUGCUCGUGCGGACCGGGACUUUGAGGAUCGAGACGGACGCCGAUGUGGAUAAGGUCGCCAAUGCCGCCACGUCACAAGUAGAAGCUGCUGGAGGCUUCGUCGAAAGUAGGCAGGACAAUGGUGGGUAUCUCGACGGAGAUAUACGGCGGGGCCAGAACGUGCGCUUGACGUUGCGGAUACCCGUCGAGAAGUACGCUUCCUUGCUCCAAGACUUCCGGAAGUCCAUAGGAGGCCUCACUUCUGCCAAAGACGUGGAAGAAACCACAGAUAGGGUCAGAGACGUCACGGGCGAGUACGUUGAUAAUGCGGCGCGCGCCUCGACGUUGGAAGCGACGCGGGCGCAGCUGCAAGCAUUGAUGUCGAGAGCGGACCUGGUGAAAGACGUCCUGCAGGUGCAGCGCGAACUGUCGUCUGUCGUGCAACAACUGGAGGCGCGGAAGGCGACGAUGCAGCGCUUGUCGGCGCAAGCGUCUCUCUCCACGCUGCAGCUCACGCUCUCGAAACGCGAUUCCUCAAGGCCGCCUCCUCCUUUUGAACGGGUCUGGUCUCCGUCAAAAACGGUGCGACGCGCGUUCAAGAAACUCAUCCGGCGGACGCAGCGCCUCGCGGACGGCGUCAUAUACCUCUUCGUCUUCGCGGCGCCGCUCGCGCUCGUCGCUCUGCUGGUCGUCGUCUUCUGUGGAGUGCCCCUGAGGGCGCGGCUCGCGGACCUGGCGGACUUCUCGGCCGGGAAGUAGUGUGUGUAAUUCCCUUGCUCUCGU